CGAUAUUUUUGCUACCUUUGCGAUUUCACUAAAACCUCAUAAAAAUGCUUGGAAUAAAAUAGGGACUAAUAAUAUUAAUGGAGAUAUACCUAUAAGAUUUGAGGCGUAAUGAUGUUUUCCAAAUAGUUAAUAGUUGGGUAAAUUAAAUAAAUAUUCACAUUGUACGUGUUUCUACAGACAAAACAAGGUUGGUGGUGUUUUUGUUUUAAGCAAAUCUGCAUUUUGUAUAAAUUAAUAAAAGUUUUAUCGUUUAUUUAUUUUUUUUAUUCAUUCAUAUUGAUAUUUAAAUUACCGUAAAAAGUAUUGUGCAUCAUAAUAAAAAUAAGAGGUGAACAAAAAUCUUUUGAUUGGUGAUUUUUCUACAUCCCAUAUUUGUAAUCCAUUUUUCUGAUUCACAAAAUCCAAAGUGACAUUGACCUCGAGGACCGUUACAACCUUGACACAGAUGUUGAUCCCAACACGUGCAUGCCUGACAUAAUGUAGCGAUUUAUAGGUUAGGUUAGAGUUAAAAUUAAAAAAGUUGACAUUUAUCAAUAAAUAAAAGCGAUGGUAAGCCGCUGAAAAUCACAAUAAUGCCUCCUACUAAGGGAGAAAAUCUGAAAAAGAAAACUUGGAGUGAGGUGAACAAAGCUAGAAAAGAGGAGAGAAAGAAAUGGAAAGAGCAAAAUUUGUUAAGAAAAAUAGAGAAAGAAAAAAAGAAGAUAGCGGAAAAGUCUGAAAAGAAAGAAACGAAAAUCAGUGUAGAUAAUUCCUUUGCUGACGACGUUCCUAUUUUUAUAUCCACUCUCUCAAUUGCUGUCCCAGGAUCUAUAUUAGAAAAUGCACAAUCUCUAGAAUUGCGAACAUAUUUAGCGGGUCAGAUUGCAAGAGCGGCAUGCAUUUUCCAAGCUGAUGAGAUUGUUAUAUUUGACGACUAUGGCGAUGAAGCUAGUGCAAAGAAAUCUAGUUUGGAAAAUGAAGAUGGUGUUACUGUAGCUCGCCAUUCUUGUGUCCGAUUUGGAAGAAUCUUACAGUAUCUGGAGUGCCCUCAGUAUCUACGCAAACACUUUUUUCCAAUACAUAAUGAUUUGAAGUUUUGUGGAAUAUUAAGUCCCCUUAAUGCACCUCACCAUUUGGGACCUAAUGAGAAAUUCACUUUCAGAGAAGGUGUUGUUUCUAAAAAGCCAGCCAAGAAUGGUGCAUAUGUAUAUGUGGGGCUAAACAAAGAUGUACUAGUAGACAAAAGUUUAGUACCUGGUUUAAGAUGCACAGUUAAAAUAUUUCUAGAACAAGAAACCAAGACUAAACACAAAGGUGUUAUAGUACCACCUAGUACACCCAGAAAGGAGACUGGAGUAUAUUGGGGCUAUUCAGUUCGCAUUGCAACUUCUUUGUCCAAGGUCUUCUCACAGUGUCCAUAUAAAGAAGGCUAUGACCUCACCAUAGGAACCUCUGAUAAAGGUACACCAGUUGAUGACUUCUCAAGCCCAAAGUACAGACAUGCUCUGGUCAUGUUUGGAGGCUUACAGGGGCUUGAAGCAGCAUUAGAGAAUGACCAAAUAUUGGAUACAGAUGAUCCCAGAAAUUUGUAUGACUUCUACCUAAACAUGUGUCCAAAUCAAGGGUCAAAGACCAUUCGAACUGAAGAGGCAGUUUUGAUCAGUUUGGCUGCUUUAAGGCUAAAGUUGAACCCUGUCAGUAGACCAAUAGACUUUGCUGGAAUACCCGAGGAAACUGAUAAGGCAGAAGUUAUGAUGAAAGACAGUAGCUGUGAGGAUGAUGAUAUAGAAGACAUGAGUAGGUUUGACUAAAUGCAUGACUUCUGUCACUUGUCAUGCUAACAUCUCUUUCUGUGAGUGUUGUCAGAGACGUCCGUAUGUUGGCGAUAACUUACUUCAGCAUUAAUGAUAGUACUAUUAAGGAUUCAGCAAUGAAUAAAGAAACAUUUGUUUAAACAUAGCAAUAUGGGUGGUUUUUUAACAGAGACGAUAAAACAUUCAGAGGAAUUCGAAAAGGGGGACCAGCAAUAGGUUUUGAAGAAAGCGUAAAAUUGAUAGAACAGACUUUUGCUGAGGAAGGACCUUUUGAUGGAGUACUUGGAUUUUCUCAAGGGGCCUGUUUUGUAGGACUUCUGUGUGACUUGCAACAGAGAGGGUUGACAAAAUUCAACUUUAGCUUUGCAGUACUAGCAUCUGGCUUCAAAUCUGGAAGCUUACCACAUUUGAAAUACUACAGCGAUAGGAUAAAUCUCUCAUCCUUGCACAUAUUUGGUGAAAAUGAUCAAAUCAUUCCAACAGAAAUGAGCGAGGCAUUGAGCAACAGUUUUGAGGAACCAGUUAUAGUAAGACAUCCAGGGGGCCAUUAUCUGCCAGCAUCAGCAGCUCAGAAACAUCAGUAUCAAAAGUUCUUCAAACUGCAGUUAUUGCAAAAGCAGUACAAGGAACAGCAGAUAGAAAAAAGUGUUUAAUUGUUCAUAACUUAAUUAUUUAUCCAAUAAAAUUGGUGACAAAAUU